AUGGCUGCCCCGGCGCCCGUCGGCCUCUCGGGCUCACGCAGUCCUCUGCUGGCCGCCGGACUUCGGCUGCUCCCGCUACUGGGGCUGCUGCAGCUGCUGGCCGAGCCCGGCCUGGGCCGCGUCCACCACCUGGCGCUCAAGGACGACGUGAGGCAUAAGGUCCAUCUGAACACUUUUGGAUUCUUCAAGAAUGGGUACAUGAUGGUGAAUGUCAGCAGCCUUUCAGUGAAAGAGCCUGAAGGAGCCACAGACAAGGACGCAAUUAUUGGAUUCAGCCUAGACCGUACAAAGAAUGAUGGAUUUUCUUCUUACCUGGAUGAAGAUAUGGGUUAUUGUAUUUUAAAGAAACAGUUCGCCUCUGUCACCCUUCUAAUCCUAAACAUCUCCAGAAGUGAAGUGAAAGUAAAAUCUCCCCCAGAAGCCGGUAUCCAGUUACCAAAGAUCGUCUUCAACAAGGACGAGAAGGUCCUCGGUCAGAGCCCGGAGCCUGCCGUUAGCCCUGUUUCAGCAGGCAGCCAGACGCAGAAAAAACAAGACAGUGGAAAGUCCAAACGGAGUACAGUGGAUUCAAAGGCAACAGGAGAGAAAUCCUUUUCCGUUCGUAAUAAUGAUGGGGCAGUUUCAUUUCAGUUUUUCUUUAACAUCAGCACUGAUGACCAAGAAGGCCUGUACAGUCUUUAUUUUCAUAAAUGCCCUGGAAGCAAAACACGGUCUAAUGACAAGUUUUCAUUCAGCCUUGAUAUCGAGAUCACAGAGAAGAAUCCUGACAGCUACCUCUCAGCGGGAGAGAUUCCUCUCCCUAAAUUAUACAUUUCCAUGGCCUUUUUCUUUUUUCUCUCUGGGACUGUCUGGAUCCACAUCCUUCGCAAACGACGGAACGAUGUGUUUAAAAUUCACUGGUUGAUGGCGGCCCUUCCUUUCACCAAGUCCCUUUCCUUGGUGUUCCAUGCGAUCGACUACCACUACAUCUCCUCCCAGGGUUUCCCGAUCGAAGGCUGGGCCGUGGUGUACUACAUCACUCACCUCCUGAAGGGGGCGCUGCUCUUCAUCACCAUCGCGCUCAUUGGCACCGGCUGGGCUUUCAUCAAGCACAUCCUUUCUGAUAAAGACAAGAAGAUCUUCAUGAUCGUCAUCCCGCUCCAGGUCCUGGCGAACGUGGCCUACAUCAUCAUAGAGUCCACCGAGGAAGGGACGACCGAGUACGGCUUGUGGAAGGAUUCCCUGUUUCUGGUGGACCUGCUGUGCUGCGGAGCCAUCCUCUUCCCCGUGGUGUGGUCAAUCAGGCAUUUACAAGAAGCAUCGGCAACAGAUGGAAAAGCUGCUAUCAACUUAGCAAAGCUGAAGCUUUUCAGACAUUACUACGUCUUGAUCGUGUGUUACAUUUACUUCACCAGGAUCAUCGCCUUUCUCCUCAAACUCGCCGUCCCGUUCCAGUGGAAGUGGCUCUACCAGAGUGACGACGCCAGGGGUGAUGGAGAACGUGAAAAAAGUCAAGAAGGUGACCAACGGCUCGCUGGAGCCCCCGGGCGACUGGGAAGGCACCGCCUGAUGGAGCGGCUCCCGGGCAGGCGGGCGGGCGCCGUCGAAGGAGACUCUUCAUUUAUUCACAGCCCCGUUGGUCAGCGAGAGCGGCCGGCACGUCCCGGCGGUGACACCACCAAGCACGUGGCUGGGAGCCAAGGGCCACGGGAACCUAACUUUUCACUCUCUUUCAUGGACGCUGGAUCUGUGGCCGGCUUAGGCCGCUGGGAUUCUCCUGCAGGUGGGAGCGGGGCUGCAGACGCGGGGAAAGGCAAGACUUUGUUUUUAACUCACAUCUCUGGUUUUUUACCUGGGACUCUUCAGGCAGACACAGGCGUAGCCCAGCCUGUGGCGGUGAUCAGGUGCCGAGCGGGGACACGGACUCCCGGAGAAGGGGGAGGGGAGCGGCCUAGACACAAAGGAGACGAGGUCAGUUUGGGAACCAGAGUCAGAACCUGCCUGGGUGGGUGGGGCCUGGCCCUGCCUGUCGCCCCAGACCUUUCUCCCGGAUUCUGACGGCACCCGGGAAAACGGCGGUCGCCCAGGGCUGCAGGGUCACUGGCCGGGUCCGGGCCCUCCCUGGUGGUGGGAAGCUGUCCUCUUGAUUAAAGUGGAUCCCGAGCUGCCUAA